CACACCUGCUCUGCGAUGGGCCAACAAUGAAUUUCAUGCACAUCKCUAAAGAGGCUUGCACACAGUCGUCAUCAACAAACAGACCAUGGUGUCCAGGGACAUGAAACUCAAUCCACAGCAAGCUCCAUUGUAUGGUCAUUGUAUUAUCACACUGCAGCUCUCCGAUGAAGAGCUGGCUGCAGAUUUUGAGGGCGUGGACUACUUCCUGCUCUUUACUGGAAGCACACAAAGACACCUGACCAGCACCCUAAGGACCAGUCAUGGCAUCUUGCAGGCGUUAUGUCCCGCUCAUGACUGCUGUGAGGUGGUGCUGGUCACCUUGUGUUCAGCCACCAGAAAUACCUCUGAGGCCCCCGAGGACCCAAAGUCCUGUCCAGGUCGUGUGGCUCCAUUGGCCAAGCAUCGAUUCAGCUUUGUUCAGGAUUUGGCUUUUGACAUGGCCCAGUUUCUGGUGAGCACAGCGGGUCGGGCUGAUGGCCUCGAUGGGGCGCUGCUGCUGGAUGAGUGUCAUAUUCCCUUGAAAGAGUGUGAGCRUCUGGAUGAGAGCCUGGCGCUGGCCCUCCACCACCUCGCGCUGCCGCCAGGAUGGAGCUUACUGGGAAGCAAACGCUCCAACAGCACUGAGUUGAGUCCUCAGGAGACUCUGCUGCAUUUCUCGGCCCGUCGAGGCCUCUCUCGGGUUACGCGCUUUUUGCUGCGACAACCUGGAGCCAGAGAGGUCCUUCAGUUGGUCAACAAAGAGGGCGAGACCCCAUCUGCUGUCGCGGCAUCACGAGGACACCACCACCUCCAGGAGCUUCUUACAAAGGCUGAGACUGAUGCAGAGACAGGGAAGGGGGAUGAGAGCGUUCAUCGGAUUUCUGGGGAUGCUCGUGUGUUUUGCCACCUCCCCACAUUGAACACGCACACUCUGACAGUAAACAUCCAACCAGGCUGUGAAGCGCCAACGCUUCAGGAGAGCGUGGAGCAACUGCAGCACCUAAUUUCCCACCUCCAUGCCACGGGAGUUUGUGUACUGGAGCUGCAGUUGGACUCUCUUCACACUGCUGCUGAAUGUUGUGAUGGUGUGAAAACAGACCUAACCUGUCAGGAGAAACUCCAGCAGCCUACUUUGGCGUCAGAGUGCCUGGAUACAACAACUGAAGAGUGCGGGGGUGAAAACAACAAAGUGGAAAGUAGCAGCACUGGUGUUUGUGAACUUGGUGGGACUGGUAAUUCGGAGAAAGAUUCGAGCUCGCCUGAAAGCGCUCCAGCUUCAGAUUUAYGCCCCCGGGAGCACGGUCUUGGCCCCCCCGAGGAUAGGGUGUGUCCCAGUUCAGACGCUGAGGGAGAGCGGUGCCAAACGGAGCAGGAGGGGAGGGUUGUUUCCAGUCAGAGUUUGAAUUUGUGUGACGGGAGUGAAAGGGCAGAGGGUGAGGCUGAAGGAAAGAGCGUCACUGUGGGAAUCCUAGCAGCAGCAGCRGGCUGUGGUAAACAGGCAGAGGAAACUGAUAGACGAGAGGCUGUGAUCCGGGAAGAACAGGAGGCCAAGAAGGGAGAGGAGCAGUCUGAGCAGGAAGCAGGAGACGGCACAGCCAAGAGGAGGGAGGAGGAGACCAGCAUCGAGUCAACACUUUUAAUCACAACCAGUGGGGAAACGAAAGCUUCAGUUAUGGGUCUGUCUCCGUCGUCAGGGAGCUCUGAGGCUUCAAACGCCUCUGACUUAGAAAUGACGGGAGAGGAUGUAGAGAGAGAAGAACUUAACCAAGAGUUCUGUAACRGACUUAGUCAAGAUGAAGAGGAGGUAGGGGGAGAGGGAUUAAUGUACCCCGUAACAACCCUGAGGGACAUACCCAACCCAUCGCUGAUCGACUGCAAUGAUGUAAUCAAGGAGCAUGAAUCGGCUGUUCCAUGUCUCCUGAUAGAAGGCCUCCGUGAGGGGGAACCUCCGCCAGACAUAAACAGCCCAGAACAAAACCAGGAAACAGCUGGUAGGGAUUAUAUAGGGAAGCAGCAGUCGAGCUUGGCUUCAGGGGCUUCUUGUCAUUCUGGGAAUUGUGCUGAAGCUGUGAGCAGUAAAGAGCUGGAUGGUGAAGCCAUAGCUGAACCUCAACUUAUUGAAAGUGAAGCUUGUCCUUUGGAUGAGCCUCAGGAUCUAGAUUUUCGGACUACUGGCAGCUCCACAGAGGACACUCAGAAUGAUCUUUUGAACUCGGAGCUAUCUUCUGAAACAAUGCUCACCAAGAGAAAAACGGAUUGUGAAUUAGMCAUGGCACAUGGCCUCUCCAGUGACAAUGACAGUUUUAUUUCUUUUAGAAGCUCUUCAACAGAAAUCUUGAACCCCACUCAGGACAAUGGCACAACGGAUGACGGAGACUCGCUUCGAACAAAUAUAGAAGAGCCAUCCGUAGUUAAACACAAGACUGAGGAUCUAAAUGAUUUACAAUCUGAUGAAAGCAACCAACUUUCAUUAGAACCUGGUUUGGUCAGUGAACUCACACCUUCGGAUCCUGAAACUCAGCGGUCAUCCAACCUCGAGACAGUGGGGGCUCUUCAUCCUGAGGCCACAAAGGAACUGGCCCCAGAGCUUCCAAAGGAGGAUUUGUUAGAUUCAUUAUCUUCAGCUAGCAAGGACACUUUACCGGAGGAUGAAAGUGACAUGGGAGAGCCCAACAGCUCUGCCUUAAAUGUAAGAAUUGGGACUUCUACAUCAGAGUUGUCUACCAAUAUCUUAUCCGAGUCUAAUUCAUCUACCACUGAAGAAGGGAACCUCACUGGUUUAGAUGAAAAAGAUGGCCAACAGAUAGACUCCAGUGAUAAACCAGAGACGACUGAGAAGGGUGGAAAUGAGCAGCUAGCCUUAGAACAACCCAAACUGGUAGACUCAGAGAGAACAUCGGAGGAGGGGUCAGCUGAGAAUCUAUCACAGGAUACCAAUACAGAGUUGACUGUUGCAAAUGUAAGUUCUUUAGAAGUAGAUCCACCUGCACUUGCCGAAGCAUCUUUGGAAUGUCACGUUGAGAACCACGUGGAAGAAUUUCCAAAUGCUGGAGACAAAGUGGAUGGAACCUUGGAAAGCUGCAGCACCAUAGACCAAGAGGUGGACGUCUUCAACUCUGAAGAUACUUUAAGUGAUGCAGGGGAGGAAAACRUCCCUGCAGAGGGAAAUGACUUCUCCAAGAUUCACCGAGACGGAGAGGCGUCGUUCCAGCAGCCUUGCAGCCCUCAGCACUUAGGAUCCUCAACUUCUUCAGCGUUUUCCACUUUGCCCAGCCGCUCCACCAGCUGUCCGUCCUCCGCCCACAGAGAUUCUGGCAGCGACAUAGAGAGCUUCUUAAACGCAGAGCCGGCAUUUGACAGCGUCUUCAGAAAGACUGAUGAACCAGUGACAGGAGGAGACAGUGCCAGCGAGGUUUCUGUCUCCUGCUCCUCCACAGACGACACAGCCAGCGUUGGGCCGUCCAGUUCCAGCCCAGAGGGCAGCCAGGGCCUGGGCUGGAGCCCGGAGGAGGGCAUCCAGACUGGUGUUGCAACCACCGCAGGCCUGGACACUGGUGGCAGCGGAGGAGGAGGAGGAGGAGGAGCAGCAGACGCUGAAGAGGAGGCAAAAGACAGAGUGACCGAAGUGCCGCAGCGUUCCAGUAAAUUCCAAAGCAGCAUCCGCUCCCUGUCGCCCCCUCGUCGCCACAGCUGGGGUCCAGGAAAGAACAACGGAGGAGAAGCAGAGAUGAACCAGAGGAGUUCCAUUCGUAGCCCCGGUGAGAGGAAGCAGGCCUUUCACAGGAGAAGUUACAGCUUGGAGGGACUCAGUGGAGUCCAAGAAGAGCUGAGGGGCUCCACCAUUCAGGGGCCCUGUGUCCAGGAGCCUUGGAGGAUGCCCCGGCAAGACAGUGAUGACAGGGUUUCCCUGGUUUCUCUGACAGAAGAACAGGAGGAGAGGGAGGAGCAUAGCAGGCUACGUGACCCGGUACGAGGUCGUUUUCCAGCACCUCUGGCUCCGUAGCAUACAGUAUAUCAGAGGAGGAGCCUGGACCUCUGCGGAGCGACACUGACGGCAAGAGUGCGACGAAAGUUAGCCGGACCUUCAGCUACCUCAAGAGCAAGAUGUCCAAAAAGACGAGGGAAAAGGAGCGAGAGAAAAGAGAGAAAGACAAAGAGGUCAAGGAGAAGGACAAGAAAACAGUGAACGGUCAUCUCUUUACACAGAUCGCCUCAAACCCGGCUGCCCAGUGCUCCCAGUGCAAUAAACCGUUAACUGGCAAAGAUGUUUUCCUUUGCACAUACUGUAAUGCUUCUGUACACAAGGGCUGCAGGGACAGUCUUCCAGUUUGUGCCAAGGUGAAGAUGAAGUUGCCCAAACAGCAGCUUACAGCAACAGAUUCAAGCACCCUUCCUACAGUCACAAUGAGGAACAAAUCUGGUGGAACUAGAGAACGCCCCUGGUCGGCCAUCUUGUCCCCUGAAGACCCUUCAUCUUUAAUGAUCCCAUCAGCUCGGAGACACACCAACAUCAUGAAUUUUCAUGGGAAUAACCUCUCCAAAAGCCUCUCAAUAAGCAACAUUGCAGGUCCUGUGUUUGAUGAAAUGCCCAUUAAAGGCCUGCGGUACCUCUCCCAGUCCACUGACUCGCUCAACAGAACCAACCCRGUCACAGAAUCCACGGAGUCGCUCACUGAUGAAGGAACAGAGAUGAUGGACGGGCAGCUGAUGGGGGAGUUCGAAGCCGACGCCAAAGACCUGGAGGCAGACUCAUGGAGUUUGUGUGUGGAGCAACCAUACCUGCAGCAACUGGACAAAGAGCUGGUGAAGAGACAAGACGUCAUCUAUGAGCUGAUGCAGACAGAGAUGCAUCACAUCCGCACGUUGCGCAUCAUGUCAGAGGUGUACAGCAAAGGCCUGCAGAAUGAUGUGCAGUUGGAGCAGCAGGUGCUCGAGAGGCUGUUCCCGGCACUGGAGGAACUCCUGGACCUCCACACACAACACCUGCAGUGCCUCCUGGAGCGGAAGAAGCAGAGCCAGCUGGAGGGAGGAGGCUUGGAGGGAGGUGUCAUUAUCAACAGGAUAGGAGACAUCCUAGUCAGCCAGUUCUCAGGAUCUAAAGGUGAAAAAAUGAAGAAGGUUUAUGGAAGAUUCUGCAGCCGUCACAAUGAAGCUGUCAACGUCUACAAAGACCUCAUGACCAAAGACAAACGCUUUAAAGCCUUUAUCAAAAAAAAGAGGAGUAGCAGCAUUGUGCGAAGGCUUGGUAUCCCAGAAUGCAUCCUGCUAGUGACCCAGAGGAUAACGAAGUACCCUGUGCUGAUUCAGAGAAUGCUGCAGCACACUAAAGAGAGCCACGAGGACUACAGCGACCUGAACGAGGCGGUUCGGUUGGUGAAGGAGGUGAUCGCGGCAGUCGACAGCAAAGUGAACGAGCACGAGAAAAGAUGUCGCCUGAAGGAAUUUCACAGCCGCAUGGACAGCAAGUCCAUCAUGAUGCUGAAGAGUGGCCAGAUUUUCGCCAGGGAGGACCUGCUGAGGAGGAAGCUGGUCCACGACGGGCCGCUGCAGCUGAAGAACUCGCAGGGAAAACUUAAGGAGGUCCAUGCUUUAAUGCUAUCAGAUGUCUUGGUCUUCCUCCAGGAGAAAGAACAGAAAUAUGUCUUUGCCAUGCUGGACCAGCGCUCCACGGUCCUUUCCCUCCAGAAGCUGAUUGUCAGGGAGGUCGCCAACAAAGAGCGCGGCCUCUUCCUCAUCACGGCAGGCACCGAAAAGCCAGAGAUGAUGGAGGUUCUUGCCAGCUCGAAGGAGGAACGCAACACCUGGAUACAGCUAAUUCAUAACGCCAUGCAGUCUAUGGAGAAGGAUGAAGAUGAAGGGAUUCCCAGUGAAACAGAAGAUGACAAAAGACAAUUAGAGACCAAAGCCAAAGAAAUGAGAGAUAUGUUGAAGCAGAAGGAUACAGAGAUCAUGUCUCUGCUGGAGGACAAGGUGCGGCUCUUCAGGGAGAUGUGGGAGGGCUUGAGUCCAGGCGAGGAGGCCUGCCGGCAGGUCCAACCUUUCUUCAGGUCGACCAGCAGCCAGGAGCCCCCCCGGGGAGCGUCUAUCAUGAAAGAUGCRCUGCAGGAAGUGGAGACGUUACAGGCACUAGUGAACAGCAGCCUGGGGGGAGCGAUGGCCAGCGUCCACGAGGGAGGAGGCGCCGGGCCGGUGUGUCUCCCCCGUCGGGCCGAAACAUUCGGAGGCUUCGACAGCCACCAGAUGCACAGCAGUAAGAGUGGAGACAGAGACGAGAGCGAGGACACAGCCGGAGAUCUGCGGAGGACAGAGUCCGACAGCGUUUUGAAGAAGGGAGGAAAUGCCAACCUGCUGCAGCUGCUGAGGAGGAACAGUGAGGUUCUCCACAGUGUUUCCAACCUGCAUCUCCUGCUCAGCUCUCUGCAGGCCGUGGUGGUCCAGCAGGACAGUUACAUCGAGGAUCAGCGGCAGGUUCUGAGUGAGCGCUCCUCCUCUUGUGCAUCUUUGUCACGGCACUCGUCGCGGCCCAGCUCCCUGAUUGAGCAGGAGAAGCAGCGCAGCCUGGAGAAGCACCGGCAGGAGCUGACAUCCCUGCAGAGACAACAGGCGGCUCACGCUGAGGAGAGGAGGAAGAGGGAGAGGGAGUGGGAGCGCAGGGAGCAGCAGCUCUCCCAGAGAGAGGAGCUGGUGCACUUACAGGAGGAGCAGAUACAGAAGCAGCAGAAGGAGCUGGAGGACGAGAAGCAGGAUCUGCAGGGCAGGAAGGAGGAGUACCAGAAAGACCUGGAGAGACUGCGAGACGCUCAGAGGAAGCUGGAGAGGGACAGGGACGCUGUGCGGCGGCAGAUCGACAAGAUGGAGGAGCUCCGUCUGUCUGAGAGAACUCCGUCUACAACAUCCGACGAGUCCCUGUUUGCUGGCAGCUCCCAGUCCCUGGAGCUGGACCCUCUGGAGGUCUCCUCCUCCUCCUCCUCCUCCUCUUUGCCCAGGCUGCAGCCCCAGCGCUCCAAAACCAAAGGGAAAGGCCUCAACCCCUUCGCCUUGUCCUCCACUAACCUCAAGGGCGGCGAGGCCAACAUCCAGAUCUCCAAGAGCUUCCUGCAGCUCGGCAAGAACAAGAACAAAGACGGCAAGAAGAAGAAGAAGAGCAAAGGGGGGAGCGCGCAGGCAGCAGACUCCCAGUUCGCCGAUGGAGAGAUCUUCUUCUGCUGAGAUGCAAACCCUGACCUUCUCCUCCUCUUCAUCAUCGUCAUUAUCGCCGCGACCAACUGCCACAACAUCCCGGAGAGGACUGUGUUUCUGCCGAGUGCUCGUUUCCUACACUUUGUACAGAACGACACGGUGUGUCACUUUGAAUCACCCAGAGAGCAACUCUACAUGCAGCAGGAAAUAAAAAGGAGAUGUUUAGAUGUUUGUUUUUAUUUAAAGUGGAAUGCCACUGCUUUUAGUUUGUGAAAACUAUUAGAUUUUAAGGGUUUUGUUCGUAUUGUGGCUUUGUCCAAAAUGACACUUUCUUUAUGUUUAGGAUUCAGACUCACUGAAAGCAUUUUAUGGUGAAAACAGCUCUUCGGUCUGAUCGAACACGUCGGAAGUUUCACUGCUUCUGUAUCUGUUAGGACCCCCCGCCCCACCCUCACUCCCAACACCUCAUCCAGUCGCCCGCUGCAGUCUGCUCGUUCUACACGCAAGACCCAUUUUUUUUCUUCUCUCCCCCGUGUGGCUUCGGCCGCUUGUCUGCUGAAUCCAAAUGCCACGCAGAAAGCAGUCUGAAUGUCAGCGAGCUCCAUGCGGCACCGGAAAGUCCUCACCGCUAAUCGUAUUCAUUAACUGUUAAUUGAAGGCUGAAACCACUCGGAUGGGGCGGGGAAAGACGUGUCAUCCUGGCAAUGUUUCUGUAUCCGAACAACCCGACAUUGUUUCAGCGUUUCACGCCAUCGUUGCCGCACACGUACCCAAAACAAGAAAAGAAAGAAUUUGCGAUUACCUUCGCUAAUUCCUCUCGAGGUUYGUAAGCUGAACGGAUUUGGCACGUGAUGAGUUAAGUAAUCCUUGACGAUGGCUUUGGACCGUCAAUCAUUAUUCUUGACGAGGUUUUAAUUUAUUUAAAAUAUGGAUGUCUUCAUGUUGGAGUGAAACUUAUCUGCCUUCGUUUUUGUCCUCCCUCCAUGGUAAUGAAAGGAUUGAGACUUGUUCUAUCUCUCCAUGUCAAAUGGCUCAAUUCAUAUCCUUUUAGUGUGUUGUAGAACCUUGGAUGGAUAUUAGCCUGAUCCGGGCAUUAUCUGCCUGUCAAUGAGCUUUUAUGCAGCCCUCAUCUUUCAUCGGAGCGCAGACAAGGGGGCUUUCCUUCAUCUUUUAAUUGCGUGCAAGUCUGCAGGUAGCAUACUAAUGACUCGAGUUUCUCCACCCUCCUUCAGCUCUUGGUUAUAGCUGCAAACACACACACACACAUGCACAGCUGGUAGGUUAAAAAAGUCUCUUGAUUUAGAGACCAAACGUUGUGUCGCUGUUUAAUGACUAAAUUUGAGUUUAAUCAUUUCACAUUAUUCAUUCAUUGUUUUUAAGCACUUUGGUCCUAGCAGAGUUGAGUUCAGUCAAAUAGAUCUUUGUAUUUACCUUUUUGUUUUGUUGUUGUUGGUUUGUUUUUAAUCAGUGGCUGUAACGAUCCAAAGAGACGUUUUGUUGCAGUGCAUAAAAAGCACCGUGCUUUCAUUGUAUUYGAGUUGAAGAUUGAAGAAGUGGCUGGUAGCUUUUACAGAGUGUUUCUUAUCAAACUGGUCUUAAUGUCAACGACUGUUUUUUUUUUUUUUGUGAUUGCAGAGCUACCUGCUGGACAGGUAGAAAGAGGAAAAACAGGAGAAAGUAGUAAGACGACAAACAACAGAACCCCCCGCACCGCUUCCUCGCAUUUCAGUGCGUGUUUGUUAACUCGCCGUCCGCGAUGAUGAUUGGACUUCUUGUUUCAGCGUGUCCAGUAAGAGGCUCMCGGUGCCUGCCAAUUAUUUGCUUCAUGUCUUUUGUUUAUGGAUUUGGUGUAAUCCCGUCAAAAGAGCCGAAAGAAAAAUAGACUUGUUUUUCCAAGUCUGAUCACUGCGAGCCACCGCACCUAAAAACUAAUAUUCUGUUCUUCACGCAACAAAAACAAAGUAUGGACCUUUAUCUUCCUGCUUCUACCUUCUUUUUUUUUUACCCCUGCCCCCCCGCUGUGAGAAAUUGUGAAUUUUUUCUCAGCAGGUCAUCRCCGCACAGAGAUAAUGCGACGAACGUGGGCUCUCACGCUCUGUGACAUUUUCCUCCUGGUAUUUGUAAUUGACUGAAGGAACAAAUAAGUUGUCAGACUGUAAAUUGGUUAUUCGGCGGCAGCAGUCAGCAACAGCUUUAAUGUCGGGGGGAGAGGAGAGGAGGGUCGGAGGAAGAGACCCGUCGGAAACCGCAGACUCGUCUCUUGCCAGGGACAAUCAGCAGACGCGAGUCAGGAAAAUGAACUCUCCAAUCCCGCUGAUGAUGAGCCUGUCCACAAGAUGGGCGCGUGAGUCAGGUGAACCCCGCGUAGCCUUAAAUCUUUACCAUUAAAAAUGCUCUAGAGUAGAAGCUGGCAUCUUCUCAGGAGAAGGAGAGGAGAGCUUUUAUACCUCUUGCUUUCAGUCGAAGAAAUUGUACUAAACAACUGGUACACCGUUUCGUUCUCAGCAAUGUAAAAAAAAUAUCAAAACAUGUAAAUAUUUAUGUAUAAAAACAAACCCAGUGUAAAAAAAAGGAAAAAACAAAACAAAUUGUUUUAAUUUGUGAUUUAUUGCUGCAUUUUGUAAGAAUGUUUUAUUUAUGUAAUAUCCUCRUCCUGGGGGGUGGUGAACAAUGUACAAAUAUAUUUCUCUCACAAUAAAAACAAAUAUAAUGCACA